AUGAAACGAGAGGAUGGAAGAGCCAUGAAAUAUUGCCUCCUGGCAAUAAAUUUGAUUCUAUCAGCUUUGCUUCUCCUCCAGGGAUAUUUCUUUUUAAAAAAAUUCGAAUUGAAUUAUUUCGUUCAGUACGAGCCGAUUUACAUUCUGUUAUUUUAUAUGGGGGUAUCCAUUUACAGCCAAGCUUACACCACUAACAUAAUCAAAACUUACGUACACCAAUUCCAAGUGUGGAAAAUCGAAGAAGCCACAAAAGCGAUUAAAGGAAAAGUGAGGCAAACUUGGAUUUACAUUACGGCGUAUAUGUGCAUGACCACGGCUCUAAGUCUCAUGGGUACGAUAUCCUGCAUGAUACCAACUUCGAGAGACAAGGAUCUUAUGUUCGUUCUCAAAAUAAUAGAACUGUACUUUUCGCGUUGGGAAAAUUUUAUUGUGUGCUGUUUAAAACCUUUGUUUUUUGUGUUAGUGUACGUGGGCACCAGUGUACCUGGAUUCGCGAUUUUGUAUUUCCACGGCCACCUCAACCUACAAAAAUUUAUGCUGAAACACUGCAUACAAGAAAUAAACGCCAAGUUCGAGCACGAAGAGUACAUAAGAUGGAACAACGCGGAGUACCACAAACAGAUCGAAGAUAAACUGAUGUCUUGCGUGAAGUACCACAUCCAGCUCACUGAAAUCGCUUCAAGAGCCUUAGAACUCACGCAAGUGUACGUUUUGCCGUUUCAAAUCAUGGGUACCUGCGUAAUGGCUAGUAUUCUUCUAGUCUUUUUUGCGUUUGAAGGUUCUUUGUCCGACCAGUAUUUUCGCAUGGUACUUAUGAUACUUACGACGUCUGCUAUGUUGGUAGGGUUUGCAGCCGGUGGGCAAGGAAUCGAAGAUUGGUCAGAGGAAAUCUACGAAACUCUGAGCCAAGUCGAGUGGUACCACUGGAACUCAAAAAACAAAAAAACUUACCUGUUUUUCCUGAUGCACGCGACGCGAAAAUUCAAGAUCAAGUACUCUGAAAACAUUUCGCUUAACUAUCAGUUGGGGCUAAAGGUCGUGAACGCCAUUUUCUCCGCGAUGUCGGUCAUAUAUAGUUUACAGCAGAAGAAGUACUCGUAAGUAAAGUAGGUGCAUCACAACGUAGUCGAGAUAAAUUUCUCUAGUAUCGUUUUAUUGUUAAAAUGUUAGCUUUCCAUUCAAUAAAAAAAUAA